AUGUCUGGACGUGGUAAGGGUGCCGGUAAGGUCAGAGCCAAGGCAAAGACCCGCUCCUCCCGUGCCGGGCUCCAAUUCCCGGUCGGCCGUGUCCACAGGCAUCUGAGGAAGGGUAACUAUGCCCAGCGUGUCGGUGCCGGUGCUCCCGUCUACCUGGCGGCGGUGCUGGAGUACCUGACCGCUGAGAUCCUGGAGCUGGCCGGAAACGCCGCCAGAGACAACAAGAAGACCAGGAUCAUCCCCCGCCAUCUGCAGCUGGCUGUCCGCAACGACGAGGAGCUCAACAAGCUGCUGGGAGGAGUGACCAUCGCUCAGGGAGGAGUGCUGCCCAACAUCCAGGCGGUGCUGCUGCCCAAGAAGACCGAGAAACCCGCCAAGAAGUGCUGUCACGCUGACACAGACGUGUCAGAGCAGGGUACGGAUAGUAACCCUCAGGACAGUGUAAACAUGUCUGGACGUGGUAAGGGUGCCGGUAAGGUCAGAGCCAAGGCAAAGACCCGCUCCUCCCGUGCCGGGCUCCAGUUCCCGGUCGGCCGUGUCCACAGGCUGCUCAGGAAGGGUAACUAUGCCCAGCGUGUCGGUGCCGGUGCUCCCGUCUACCUGGCGGCGGUGCUGGAGUACCUGACCGCUGAGAUCCUGGAGCUGGCCGGAAACGCCGCCAGAGAUAACAAGAAGACCAGGAUCAUCCCCCGCCAUCUGCAGCUGGCUGUCCGCAACGACGAGGAGCUGAACAAGCUGCUGGGAGGAGUGACCAUCGCUCAGGGAGGAGUGCUGCCCAACAUCCAGGCGGUGCUGCUGCCCAAGAAGACCGAGAAACCCGCCAAGAAGUAA